UUUGAAAUGGUGGGUUGUAUAAUGUAAACUUGUUUUGCACUCUGCAUAUUUUGCAGCAAAACCUCUUUCUUAUGAAUGAAGCUGUAAAAUCCAUUCAUGCAGCCCAGCAGGAAAACUAAGAAAGACUUGUGAAAAUGGCAAGCUAUUUGUGGAGGAAAUAUGCAGAUUAUGUGUACUCAAAGUGGGAAAAAACUAUUCUUUGGGACAUGGUUGACCCAUACAGGAGACCCAAAUCUUUCACUCCUCUUGUCACGAUCUAUAUCCUUGCUUUCUAUACUGGGGUCAUUGGGUCCGCUAUCACAGAGCAACUCUACAAGGUAACCAUUUAAUCUCAAUCUUUUGACAUCAGUUUCAUCGAAUGUGCUAGUGGUGAUGUUAAUCCUCAAUGGCUUAGGUCUUUAAGUACUUUACUGUUAUGGUUAUUUGAAUCUAUAAAAUUAUACUAGAAAUGAUUGAUGAUCUCACUGAUAAAGAAAGCCUUAGAGUCAAUUUGAGACUUACUCUCUCUGAUUGCUACAAGACAGCAUGGGGGACUUUGCAGGUAAGACAAAUGCUAAGUUGAGUUAAGGAGACGAAAAAAUUGCACUCUUUUUUUGGGCUUUUAUUGUUUCUCAUUUUGGAGGCAUGGACAAAAGAAUUGGACGCUCAUAUAUUGCACGAACUCAUUAUACUUGUGUGUGGCAUUAAUGCUCUGAGAGCAGCUGCAUAUUUCUUUAAAUCGCACUGCUCAGCUUUGUUAGCCACUUGCUGUAAAGUAAUCCUUGUAAAACCCGUCUAAAUCUUCUAUGCUUAAAUCGUUAAUUCCAGCUCUAACUUUGGCUGUCUUAUCAUAUUUUCCCUUGAGAUUAUCAUGGAUGACUCAUACUCUGCACUGGCUAUGUUACUUAGAACCCAAAUCGUUCUUCAAAUUAAUCGUUCAACAACACAAUUUUAUGAAGCAAUAUAUGACCCAUUGUUUUAAAUUUUGUCAAUCCAAAACUUCACCUAGAUUUUAGAUUAUUAUAUUUGACAUUUUCUCUAUUAAGAACUUUUAACGAAGUACAAAAAAAUAAAAAAUAAAAUCGCUUAAUUUACUGUGUUGGAAUGAAAGUGUAACAUAUAUCGGAAUGUGCGCUCCAAAACUUUAGGGUGUUAGUGUUUUUUGGGAACAUUGGAUUGGAACAUGGUUUAAUUUGAUUUAGAGCAAGACACAUAGGAAAUCUGUUUCCAU